AUUCAAGAUUUCAGUACUGGGUUCAUUCACUGUUACUGUUAACUCAUCCAUAUUCAAUAGGUCAUUCGACCAAUCGGAUGACCCUCUUUAGACACGUGAGUAGGCUUUUACAUAGGCAAGUCCCCAGCGAUAUAACUGUGUGGUAAAAUCCUCACGUGUCCGAAUCAGUUCCAAAUCCUUGCACUUUCUCUAAAUCAAUUACAAAACAGCGCUAUGCUGUUCUUUUGCCGGAUCCUUAUUUUCUCGUACUAUUUGCCAUUUCGUGUAAUUUCUGAUCGACUCUGGAUUACACAGUCUUCCAAAGUAUUUUUGAUCUUCAGUCUCAGGAGUUUGGUGGUAUAAACAGCGACUUCGGAGGCAUGUUGUUGCGAACUCAACAGCGCUCGAGGAAUGCCUGAAUUCAUUCCAUUUCAACAAAAUUUGUUUCAUUGUCUACUCUGUGUCUACUGUAGUUAUCUGGAUUCCCAGGAACGCAACAUGCAUACUUUCGACUUUUCAUCUAAUCAAUGAAGUACUAUUUCAGGCAUUGAGUGCUCUUGAGUAUAUUUUUAAUUCACUGAUGGACUUUGAUGGACUGAUGGACUGAUGGACUUUGUGUUUCCACCUCGAUUGGUCAAAGCGCUUUUGAAAUUGGAUGAGUUAAUCGUAACAGUGAAACUGGACCACUAGACUUAGCACCGAAUUCUGGAAAUGGCUUCCAAGUCGCACUUAACAUUCGCGUCACGUGUUUUAUCGGGUACGAAAUUUUAUACCCGAUAAAACACUGCUACUACUGCUCGUGUUUUAAAUAGUACAUCGAUACUAAGUGAAGGGAAAUUUCUUGCUGAACAUUCUAUUUAUUGUGUAUCAGCCUUACAAACGAAAGCCAUCAGCGGAAAUAAAGAAAACCACGGAUUAUGCCUGGCACAACGCAAAAGCGAUAAUUGCCGAUAAGAGUUGCCGCAGAGUGUCGCUGUCCUGGGAAAUCUUUACAUAAAAUCUACAGUAGAUAUCUUAAAGCGCAGCUGAAAAUAUCUGUAAUUUGGGCCGUGUCGCGUAUUGUCCCGAAAUAAACAUAAUCAUUCCACCAUGAGUCGCCAUGAACUCGCUCGCAUCCUUUCAGUGAGCCAGGAUCCUAUUACCGCAAGUGUCCGAUGUCAGCUAUGCUAGCCUUGUCUGCUUUGGUAGAAUACUAUUCGCCUUUACUAUGGUUGAUCAUACUAAUCAAUGUCAAUAUAACUGUAAAUAAAUGGGACGGUUUUCCGUGGAAAAGAGGCUUACCCCUCGGAACCAAGUAUAAUAGAGAAUUAGACCUUACGUGAUUAUAGAUGAUAAAGCGCUUUUGACCUUUCAAACGACGCGCUAUGAACCGCCGCCGCCUGGUAAUUUUAAGUAACACGACCCCGAGCGGCGCGUUUUUUUUCCUUCCCCAUAGUAGAGUAGGCAAGACAAGUUACUAGGGGCAGUGAUGAUGGAUCCGACCUUAUCAAAUCCAACCACCAACGUCCUCAGCUGGGACUGCUUUGGACUUGUCAUCACAAGGGAAAUGUACACAAAAGCGGCAGAGAAUCUAUUUGAUAAAAUGCUUUAGCUGACUUUUACGGGGCUUUCCUGUUUUAUUUUAUUGAAGGCAAGUAUGAAACUUUGAAUUUAACUAUAAAAUCAGUCUGAUCUCUGUGUUGCAUUCGUUAAUGGCACACGGUGUCGCAACGUGAGUUCGCCGAAGUCCGGUCAAUGAAUAACUUGACAAUUUGCUGGAUAAACGAUAAUUUUUGUGUUCCUGCACUUGCAACACAUGUAUUGAGAUGAAAGCCUUUGUGAUCUCAAUCAAUUUCCUCUAAUCAUCUCCGUCUUAAGCAAGCAUUUUUGCCUUUGGAGCUGAACUCAAGCUUAGUUCAACAUCGAUAAUAGGACACAAAGGGACUAUUUAUCCGUUAUAUAGCCCUCCUGAAUUAUGUGAAAUUUGCUAUCUAAAAUUUGUACUCAGGGAGUAAGAAACUUUAUUUUAGUUAGCUGAGAGACAUGAUUGACUCAUUUUUAGUGAAUGAAGAUGAAACGUAUUUCAGAGCUCUACGUUUUUUUUCCGUUUAAAGUAUCAUUAGGCCGGUACCCUAGGUACCAGAGGCUCCAAGCUUCGCGGCGAAAAAGAUCUCUCCUCUCCCGGGACCCCGCGCUCGUUCCAUACUUGAGAAUUAAUCUUUUGUUAUAACAAAACGAAUAAUCAUGGAAAAACUUUGCCAAAUUUAUGACACACACCGCAUCCGUAUAAGAAUUGUUGGUUUCACGAUGAUGACGUUAAUUUGUUGGACGUGUAUCAAAUGGCAAAAGCGCUGUCCAAUGUGUUAAUCCUGAAUGGCGUUUUUCGCACCUAUUACCUGUGAGGGGAUUCCGACCUACCGUUUCAACUUGUAGCUUAAUUAACUUUUUAAUUAAUCAGCAAGGAGUCUAAAGGCCACAACGACUUACAAAAUCGCGUACUGCAAAAGGAGACUAUAUACCAUGAAACGGUCGCGACCCAAAUAUACGGAUUGUACGGUGGCCCAUAGGGGACAGCACACAAAACAAAAUCGCACUGCAAACAAACAAAAGUCGCACUGCAAACUAAACUAAAUCGCACUGCAAAUGAAACAAAAUCGCACUGCAAAUGAAACAAAAUCGCACUGUAAACUAAACUAAAUCGCACUGCAAAUGAAACAAAAUCGCACUGCAAAUGAAACAAAAUCGUACCGCAAAUACAACAAAAUCGCACUGCAAAUGAAACAAAAUCACACUGCAAACUAAACUAAAUCGCACUGCAAAUGAAACAAAAUCGCACUGCAAAUGAAACAAAAUUGUACCGCAAAUGAAACAAAAUCGCACUGCAAAAGAAGCAAAUCGCACCGCAAACACUAAAACAUCUGCGUGCGCAUUCAGCGGUUGACAUGCGCGCGCAGGGAUUAGGCUCCACCACAUGGAUCGAUUUCCCCGCCAAUUUAUGCCAUAAUGGCGUCGAAUACAAGUAACAUAACAGAAGAAGUUCGUAAAACGGCUCAACAAGAGAUAUCUAGAGUUUUCUCAUGUCUACCUGGACCAUCGGGUUUGAACUUUGGAUCUGCCGGAUCGUCUGCUUCCUCAAAUAAAUCAAACGACACUCUGACGUUUGAAGAGUUUUAUGCCAAACGUGAAGAAUCUCGAAGAGGGGACUUCAAGCCCGCGAGAAAAAGACUUAGGCCUGACAAGAAAUCAACGACGAAGGCGACCCCAAAAGAUGUGGAGGUCAAAGUUGCUCUCGCUUAUCGCAAUGAUGGUAUGAUCAAACGAAGCCGGGGAAAGGUGCAGAUUGUUCGUGCCAAAACAACUUCCUCCAAAGAAGAUAUUCUCGCAAGUGCUAUUCAAAAGCAUUCGAGAUUCGACAAGACUUUUGAUGAAUCAAGGGACUAUACCCUACUCUACCCAGACUUUAGUGAGGUCCGGUGCAUCCCUGGAACAGAGAACCAAUUCACCCUAAAUGAGUAUAAAGAAGCCCUUGGAAAGGAAUAUAAGAGAUUGACAUUCUUCAUAAUACCUUCCUAUGAGAUAGAAUCUUCUUCUGAUGAUGAUGGUGGUGGUGAUAAUGAUCAUGGUCAUGAUGAUAGCCAGAGUCACCCAUUUAAAAGAAAGCCAACAUUAUCUAAAUCUCCUGGCAAAGCAGAAUCGGAUUGCAACCAGGCCGAAUGGGAUCAUAGCCAGCUGACAGCACAGCCCAAUCCUGUUGAAAGUAAUUUAUACACCUUUUAUCAUAAUAUGUGGAAGUAAGAUAUUGACUAAAAUGCAAGCCCUUUUCACAAUGUUUAUCAACUCAAUUAAUGGCAAGUGAUACUGUAGAUUGUGAAAAAAUCAACCUUUUUUUUAAAGUCGGGUCCCUAGUUUGGAUAAUUGUUUUGACCUCGUCCCUUAAUGUUUUCAGCCAAAUUCUUCCCCUUCACUUUCUGUCCAGCUUGCAGCUAAUCUCUAUGAUCGCAUUCCUUUACUUGUCAUUGCUGUUCCUUUCUUUGCUCCUUUCUACGAUUUUCGGGAGGGGGGAGGCACCGAAAAUAUGGGGGGACGUAGGAGGGGGCAUGGAAAAUUUUGUUCCUCCUAAAGGGAGAGGGGGUCAACUAAUUUUAUCCAUUACUUUUAUCAAAAUCGUCACGCCCCUCCUCGGGAUAAUAAAUGAAUUUCCCUUACGUUCGAACUAAAUUGUUCUCGUACAGUCCUCUAUCCUCGUUAAGACCACUGGGUCCCCAACCAUGCGAAAUGCCGUGAUAUGACACGCCGCCGUCGAGUGCAUCUGUGACGAAAGGCCCCCACUUCUAAGCGGUUCGCGUUCGUGCGAGACGAUCCAUUAUCGCCAGUAAUUACGUGAAGGUGGACAUUAGGCAAGAGCUGUGCAGCCGCGUGAAGACAAAGACACGUCACCGUGCUAAGAAAGCUAUCACUCCAGUUCUAACGUACUGAUACAUAAAACACGCAAUAGAAUUAUUUUGCUUGAAUCGUGCAUUGCUUCACUCAUUCAUACAGUGUUAUGAUAAUAAUGUUCCGAGCGUCAAGAAUCUUGAUAAGCAAUGCAAAAAGUAAUAAACUGUUACUAGACGAUGAAAGAAACUGUCAGCAAGCAUGGUCUGAAUGCUUAGUUUUCCUGUAGUAAAAUAAAUACAUCAAUGUUUUCUCCCUAUAUUUACCUAAAGGUCAAAAAGACCGACCGAUAGCUAUUUAGAAGCCCUAUUACUAUUAUUGCGGCACUUGUGACGUCAUAUCCGCAACAGAAGAGUCGCUUCAGUAUUGACAUUGUGACGUCAUUGACCCAGCCGACGCACGUGACCCUGGCGAACCAGCAUUGUCACGUCUCGCCUUUUUCCGUCACGUCUAAAGCGCGGCGACCUUGGCUUUUACUAGAAAAAUAGGUUAUACUCGAAACUAUAAUAUAAAAUAUAACGUUUAUUUGUGGGUAGUGGAUUUAGAGUGAUGGACAUGCUGCAACAAAACGGGCAUGAAUUUCGUUCAAAUACGUGUUCUGGUGCAGAAUAGGAGAAAUAGCAGAAAUAAGCAGAUAAGAUAGAGUGCAGUUGGCGAUUGGUGAUCGCAUUGAUCAGUUCGAUAGUUAUAGGUGUUAAGAUGAAUUUGCCGGAGCGUCUUUGCGACAAGUGCCAUUGAAUAGAUGGAAUUGUAAGCACGAGAAACCCCAUGUAGUACGUGUGAUCGUACCAAAUACCUCUACUGUAUGUGUAGCGAUAUGGGUUUAGAUUUUAUCUUUGUUUAUUGACCCUCUCGGGCUUAGCAGGGUUAUGGUCAUGUCCUCCCUAGAGGCAAGUUUAUUAUGACUGGGUGAGAGAGAAAGGGCGCAUUCCAUGACUUCUUAAACGCGGACCUGGAGGGAGUUAACUUCCGUUUUACUCAUGUACCGGAAGUAAAAGUAACAUUAAAAAGGCCGGUUUCCAUAAGAUCGCAUUCUACCGCCGGCGAUCGUGUGCGAUUUUUAAGGAAACUAACCCUGCGAUCAAGUGCGAUAAUGGGUAACCACUUUGCGAUCGGAAUGCGGUAGUUGCGAUCGUACGGUCAAAUUAGCUGCAAUCGUAUUCGACCAGCCUAACUAACGCUGCCGGGAUCCAAACGAACGCCAGAAAGCGCAGAAAAAAAAUACAAUUCAAGUCAAGAAGAUAUUGCCUUGUUCACCUCAAAAUACUUCUAGUAACUAUAUAUAACAACAAUAAAUGCGCACCCUAAUCUAUUCUUCUAGAUCAGUGCUCCCAUUUUGGUUGUUUUGAGGUAAGUGUAGGCCGUUUUUGACUGAUAGAAUCACCGCAAAUUCCAAACGUUUACACAGCACAGGUAGACCACACCUUCUCAAUGUACAAUGUGAAACCUGCUGUGUUUUAUCGAAACCACACUUUAUACAUGUGGUCUCACCAUACAACUCCCUUCACCACCGGCACAUUGGUCCGUGGGAACAAAAAAUAUUAAAAGCACGUUUAGCACUUACCAAUGCUUCUCACGGUGAAAAUAUCAUCUUCGUAGAAUUGAAAGGGUUGCGACGGAGUGUUUUGCACUUGCAAGAAAAUAACAUUUUCUUGCACUUUCGUAGUUAUAUGCAUGCAGUGACCAUCCGAAGUGGAAUGUGUGUGUGAUACAUAUCCCCCCAUUUAGUAGGUUUACACACAGGGAACCCAAACUAAAUUUGCGUUAGGGAAAUAUUUAAAUCGAAGGUGACAAUAUGCCAGUUUUAUUUUGUCAGUUUUAUGUUUAACACGCCAAAAGCACAUCGGUCAAAUACGGUAUCGCAGUAAAAGUCGAAUGUAUUGUGCAAACUUAUGUGACUCGGUAAAACGUGGACGAUGCCUAAAAAAACCUGUGGCUGUCAUCUCCUUAUUAAUGGCUAGCAAGUGGAAAUUGCUUAUGUAGACGUGUACCUGUGCGAAAGCGAAAGCUUUGUCUAUUGUAAUUUGAAUCGGGCAUUUUUAUGACUAUCAGCUCUACGAAGGACAGCCAAAAAGUAGCCGUUCAAAUCCUUCAGCUGCGCAUUAACUUAUGAAGCUCCUUCGUACUAAUGGGCGCAUUUGUAGCAGAUUAGAUACACUCUUUUUUUAUAAGAACGUCUGUCAGUUGAGGCUGGGCCGUUAUUAUUUUUUGGACAUUUAAAGGCUGAAUACGUUCUUAACGAUGUUCAUAAAUUUUAGCGUACAUAAGAAUAUAAAUGCCCAAUAAACUGUUAGUAAGAGAAUUACACUACGCAAUAAUAAGAUUGUUACUAUGAGCACAAUUUUAUUCUGUAUUUUAGCGCAUCAGGACUAAAAAAGAAUUUUUUUUUGCUAUCUGAACCUCGGCAUGAUCUUAGCAUGCUUAAAAUUUGGUGAAAUCUCAGGCUAGACGUUCUCUUAAAAAAGGUUCUUAUAAAAAAAAGAGUGCCAUCAUGCUCUGCCAUUCGAUAGCAGUGAAAGUAAUUAUUAAAACUGAGCUUUUCGAGAUUUCGUGAUGAUCUGGUCACGUUCGCAAAAAGAUAGACGUGUCUGUGCCGAAAAAAGAAUCGCAAUUUUCUCAUUACUAAGCUACUAGGAACAGAUCAAAAUAUAUGACUAAACAGAAUUUGUCAUCAACUUGUCUUUGUUCGUAAGCCAACACAGAGGUGAUUUACGAUUCAUUUUUCUAAUUAUUUUGCGAGAUACCAGUCGAGCCAACAAAGGUCCAAAGAAGAUUACAGGCAGCUGGGUUUUUUAUAGAAAGGGGGUGACCACGUGAUCGGUAUUUAGCGGGUAUUGCGAUUGUGCGGUUUUGUUUGGAAGAACUAGCACUGAACAAAUUACCCUCCCGUAAAGUCUCCCAUGGGUAUAUAUUCGUUGGUUGUCCGCUAAUAGAACUCUGAAAAGUAAUUAACAUUUCAGUUCUUCUAAUAUAGCGAACAAAGCCCUUUCUCCUAAAGACACUCACUCGUUCCGGUGAUUGGACCCUUUGCACUGACGCAUUUUAAAAUUCGACAGUAAUUUCAAUAUUUACCUUUCCGUUCCCUAAUUAUCGAAUUGUGUCCUUGGUGCUAAAAUAUCUUCGUAGAGAAUUCAAAUCUACUAGUAUAUUGCAAAGGCUUUUACAUCGAUGCCGACAUUAUGGUAUUACAGUAGUGCAUUAAAUCCGCAAAAGGCUCUUUCACUCUUUCUCCAUGUGGUUUUUAUUCUGUUUUAAAUUUAUCGAUACUGGGGGCACUCAAGGGCUGAUUAAAUUCGAGCUAAAGCCAUAAGAACACUGACGCUAGGCUUGUUUGCAAAAGAAAACAAAGCGCACUUUGUCAGUAUCUAUAGCAAAGCGAAAGCCGGGCGGGCGUUGGUGAACUGUUUCCGUUACAGACGUGUUCUCUCUAUUCACAGGAAGUCCACUCAUACAAGAAAAAUUUGCGAGUUCAAAUCGGUUCGUGACACGAUCUAGCGUUAGGAGUAGGAUGUUGAUUCUUUGGAAACAGUCCGUCACGCACCGCCUGUAGUACACGGCUCCGGUUUGAAAGAAAAUACUCGGAGCGUUUGAACCAAAGAGCCUAUCUACUUUUGUCUACAUUAGCUUUGCUCCUAGCCAUCGGGCUGAUCAAGUCAGCGAAGUGGAAACUUCAGAAAAUUCAAUAAAGGAUUAUGUUUCUCAUUCUGACAUUGUGGCUGGGUUUCGUCCUCUAGGCAAUUCUAGAACAGUUCUUCUGGAGAUUAUAUUUAGUGGACCGAAUCGAUAUGCUGCCGCGUCUUUUCCAAUGACUAAGCUGUCUUUUAAGACUGAUGGCUUUGAGCUGGCUAAGAGCUCUCCGUGGAAUGAUUUGUGUUCCGUGUGUGCGAGCUGUGGUAAUUAUGUUAUAUUAGUACAACCAGUUCAACAGACAAAGUAUUCCAAACACGCGCCGCACGCUCUGAUUGGUCGCUUUCAUGUCAGCGCACCGGCUGCACAUGCGCAUUGCUACGGGAAAUGCACGUGUCAAAAGAAUAUAAAAACAACAAAGGUCGGUUUUAGCCUUAGAGAUAUUGAGUCAUUAGGAAGGGAGGUUGAGUUAUCGUUUUCUAUUUAUGUAAAGGAUUUGGCCCCAGAAGAGAACUGUUAUUCAGGCCAGAUCACAAAGAAUUAUGUUGGACCAGCAUAUAAGCUCCCCAAAA